AUUCCCCAAAAAGCAGAACCCCCCGGCUAAACCCUGAUGCUCAAGUCUUUGUUUCUGCUGGUGGCUUACUGAAAGGCGGCUUUUCAAGGAGGGAGACUCGAAUAUUUUGAUUGAAAUUCGAAUUGUUAUUUCCCUGUGAAGCAGAUGGCUCGAUUUCGAAGUAAGAGGAGGAAGGUAUCUAUGAAGCCAGCUGUGAAAAAGAAUCAAGGCAAUAUAGAUCAUGUCACAGGUGAUAAGAUCCCAAAGAGCUUUGUGUUUUCGAGAGGGAAGUUGCCCAGUCUUCUCAAGCAACUUCAGAUGGAUCUAAGAAAGUUAAUGCUUCCUUAUACAGCUCUCAAUCUCAGGGAGAAGAAACGAAAUAAUCUCAGAGACUUUUUGAAUGUUUCAGGGCCUAUGGGUGUCACGCAUUUCCUUAUAUUGUCAAAAACUGAAACUGCACCGUAUCUGAGGGUUGCAAGGACUCCUCAAGGCCCAACACUUACUUUUAAGAUACAUGAGUAUUCAUUAGCGCAAGAUGUUGCACAGUCUCAAUUACGCCCUAGAUGCCCUCAAGAUCUUUUCAAAAAUCCUCCAUUGAUUGUUCUAUCUGGUUUUGGGUCAGGUGAGCAACAUCUGAAGCUCACAACUAUAAUGUUUCAGAACAUCUUUCCAGCCAUUGAUAUCAACACUGUCAAACUUGCCUCUUGCCAGAGAAUUGUGUUGCUCAGUUACAACAAAGAUACAAAGCUUAUUGAUUUUCGGCAUUAUUCCAUCAGACUCCAACCUGUGGGCGUCUCCCGUAGAAUAAGAAAGUUUGUACAAAACCAUCAAGUCCCUGAUCUCAGGAGUCUCCAAGACGUGAGUGACUUUGUUACUAAGGCGGGUUAUGGAUCAGAAAGUGAAGCAGAUGAUGAAGCAGCAACUGUGACACUGGUUAGUGACCUUGGUAGAGUUAACAGGGCCUCUACAAAAAGUGCUGUCAAGCUUCAGGAAAUUGGACCCAGAAUGACUCUACAACUCAUCAAGAUUGAGGAGGGAUUGUGUUCUGGCAGUGUCAUUUUCAGUGAAUAUGGAGUUGUUAGAGACAAGAAAAUGCAGGAGGAAAAUCAGAAAAAUCAGGAAGAGGAUGAAGAUAAUCAGGGUGAUGAUGAUGGUGACGAUGAUAUUGAAGAAAACAAGGAAGAGGAUGAAGAAGAGUGUGUCUAGCCAAUGGAGUAAACCACAGUGCAUCAUUGGUCCUUUCAGUGAAGGAGACGGAUGUGAGCGCAUAAGAGACGCUUACUCUGGAUGAUUUUGUUUUUCGUCGAGGGUUUGAAUAGGAAUAGUUCUGUAAUCUUUUUUGAAUUUGUAUCUCUGCUUUAUUCAAGUCUUUACAGAAUAUACGUAUUAUUGAACUUUGAAGAAAGAUGCAAUGGGGCUCAACAUUUGUUUCUCCAUGGCGUGAAGGAUUUCAUUUUAAAGCGUCCUGUAAACUAGGUUCUUUCUAUUUGCUGAAUCAAGCUUAUCCAUGAGUCGUGCUCUUGUAAUAUUAAGGGAUCUAACAGAGUCCUAGCAAUUGCGGAGAAAUGCUCAAUGGAAAAUAUAUGAAAAAUUCGACAAUA